UUCUAGGCUUUACUACUUCUGAAAAAAAGGAAGGAAUAAAAAAAAAUCAAAAAUCUAUAAAAAACAGUUUCCGUAGAUAACAGCAGCAGAAAGUUGCACAUGCGCAGCUCGUGGCUCUCUGAGUUGGAAGGGCGAAAGAAGGAAAAUCGUGCUAAAAAUUUCACAUAAAGCCUUUCCAAGCUCCUUUUUUCAUUCGUUGUUUAAUCGCUCUUGUCAACUCAAACAGUGAAAUAGUGAAAUUGAUUCGUUCUGAGAAGAGAAAAAUAAUAUUUUUUUAAGAUUUUUUUCUAACAUUUGUUAUUCGGUAUACCUCAUUACGUAUUUCACGUUCAACAACGAGAACGAAAAGAUAAAAAAUUGCAAGGCAAGCGAGAUUCUUCCGUGACUUGCAAUGUAGAACAAAAAGUUAUUGAUUCAAGAUUCUUUACUUUUUUUUUCGCCGAAAGGAAAAUAAGCAAAAAGAAGCUUCAAGUGCGUCUUCAUUUCUUUUUCUUGCUUUUAGGCAUUUUGGCACGAGCCUAGAAUUCAACUUUGCAUAAUGUUGUGUCAUUUAAAUUCUGUUUUUAUUUUUCCUUUUCCUCCCUAAGAGGCUUUUAAAUGAUUUGCAGAAUUUUCUCAUUUCUGUCUCAUGAAUUCAUGAAUAAAAAUAAAAAAUACAUAGCCACAAAAGUGGCAGAAGAAAAAUAAAAACCAACAAAGAAUUCGUCAUUCUUUUCAUCCUAGAAUAAUGAAAAAUAACCGGAGAGAAAAAUGAAAGCGAUGACAAUGAAUUGAAAACGAGAAUCGAGGGAAGAGUAAAAUAAGCAAUUUUUCUCUUCCAUCUUAUUCAUUUAAUAUUCAUCGGUAACACAUAGAUUCCUAGCCGUAAAAUACAAUAUUUAUAAUAUGAUAAUAUUGGAUGGCAAUGACGGUUGCGAAACGUAAGAUCCAAAAUGUAUCACUCAAACGAAAAAGGACACUUCAAAGCUGAAUGAAUAGCAAUAAAAAAAAUAGCGAGAGAAGAGAAAUUGACACUUAUUAAACAUAUUUCCACGACGAAAUAACAACCAGCCUCGAGGUUGAGAAAAUAAAGAGAAUAUAAACACUCGAGCUCGAACGAAGGCAUUUCCUAGUGACAUAAUAAAGAUAAAUAUAAUAUAAUAGAAGUAGAAAAAGAAAAAGAAAUAUUUUUGUGAAGGUGCUGUAGAUAACAAAUAAAAUUCGUCACCAUUGAACCGAAAAAGGAGAAAGAACUCUGGAAAGUCGCGAGGACCAAUAUGAAAAAAUUCACAUUCAAAGGCGUCUUGGACGGAUUUCGAUCUUCCGUUCAGACGACCCAACAACGAGGUGACAGGGAGAUCGAGGAAACGCUAAGGCCCAGCGACUUUACGCUCAAAAAGACAUUCCGCCAUGGCUUUCCACACAAUCCAACAGCACUCGCCUUUGAUCCGGUACAGAAACUUCUGGCUAUUGGAGAUAAAUACGGUUCGCUUCGAAUAUUGGGUCAACCGGGCGUCGAUGCUCAUGUCCGUCACGAAGGUGAAUCAGCAUGUGCUGUCAUUCAAAUCGAAUUCCUCGUAAAUGAGGGAGCGAUGGUGACGGUAACAGCAGACGAUACUUUACACUUUUGGAACUUUCAAAAGAAAAUUCCAGCCGUCGUUCAUUGUUUGAAAUUUCAAAGAGAAAGCAUCACAUACAUUCAUCUUCCGGUCGGCAGCAAAUGGCUCUACGUGGGUACUGAAAAGGGCAACAUUCACAUUGUUCACACCGACUCGUUUACUUUAAGUGGCUACAUCAUCCAUUGGAAUAAAGCUGUUGAACUCACAAUGAAGACGCAUCCCGGUUCGGUGGUUCAUUUAUCAGAUAAUCCACUUGACUCAAAUAAAGUGUUGAUAGGAUUCGAAUUAGGACUCAUAACCUUAUGGGAUAUGAAAGGAAAAUGUGCUGAAUUUCGAUGGCAAUCGCAUGAGCCACUUCGUUCAAUAUCUUGGCACCAUGAAGGCAAACACUUUGUGUCGUCUCACAUUGAUGGUUCAUUAUGUACGUGGCCUUUAAGAGCAACAGCUAAACCUCAGCUACUUAUUUAUCAUCAUGCGAAGCCAACAAAAGAUGGAAAGUUGGAAACAUGCAAGCCAAUCCAUAAAGUGGAUUUGAAAACAAAUCGCAAUGGAGAGACAUUUACAAUGUUCUCAGGGGGAUUGUCGAUGGAGAAAGGUGGUAAAUCACCGUGCAUCACCGUGUUACAAGGAAAAGGAACGACAGUGCUUCAUAUGGAACACCCGGUGGUUGAUUUCGUUGCAAUGUGUGAAAGUCCAUGGGCAAGCGACAUGCAAGAACCAUAUGCGAUUGCAGUUUUAUUACAAAACGGCUUGGGUAUCAUCGAUUUGACCUCAAAUGGUUUUCCAUGCUUUGAUUCGCCAUAUUCGAUGGACCUUCAUGACUCUCCUGUUACUUGUUGCACUUAUUUAGCUGAUUGUCCUUCGGACCUUGUGCCCGCUUUCUAUUCUGUGGGACGUCACACACAAAACCGUAAGCCAGGAACAUCAGAAAAGCAAUGGCCGGUGAAUGGUGGUUCAUGGGCGCCAGCAUCACGUAGUUACUCUGAAAUCAUUAUUACCGGCCAUCAAGAUGGUUCGGUGAAGUUUUGGGACGCUGGAUCGGGAUCUUUGUUAGUCUUAUACAAGCUCAAAACAGCAAAAAUCUUUGAGAAGCCGAAAACUCGUUCACUUGACAGUUCAUCGGACGAAGAUCCUUUAGCUAUACAAAUUAUAUCGUUAUGUGCUGAAUCAAGAAGGUUGUGUGUGGCUGGAUACAGUGGCCAUGUGAUAUUGUUUAAAUUUAGGAAACAAGAAUGUCUAUCAGAAACGCUAGUCUUAGAAAUUCCAAUAACUUAUGAAAACACUGACGAAGCAGAUGUCAGUCCCGAGUGUGAGUUCAUUCCUCGUUCAUUACCGAAACAACCUGACUCGAUGGAAAAUGAAAAAAAGUGCGACGGUAUGUUAAGGGUUCGACCUGGCCAACAAAGGAAACCACCAGGUUUUCAAGCUCAAUUAGUUUGCUUAACACCUUGGACGAACAACACUCAUCCCGGUCAAAUUACUUCCUUAUGCAUAAACUCUAGUUACGGAUUAAUGGCUUAUGGAAAUGAGUCUGGUCUAGCGAUAGUUGAUAUCGUGCAAAAAGUCUGUCUUUUCAACGUUGCAAGUCCUGACUUGUAUGGUGCACAAGAUCCAUAUUCACGAGUUCCCCGUAGUCCUAAACGUUCAGAGCCGCCUUACUCACGCGACGAGCAAUGUUCACCGAGCAAUGAUCAAUUGCUCGAUAUGUCAAUCAGUCCACAACCUAAGUCCAACGAGCCGUCACGUCCUGUUUCGCCUGCUGCCGAUGCACUCGAAGUUUUAUCUCUUGAUGAAGAAGCAAUAUCGCCUGAGGAAGCGAGUAAAAUGAAAGCAAAUCAAAGAAAGAAUUCUUCGUGGAAAGGCUUAAAGAAUCAGUUGUCGAAAGCGGAAAUGAAAAUUAAGAACACAUUUUCGGAGCCAUUCGGAAAAGAUAGAAAAGGAUCCAUUUUCUAUGGUUCAACUGCAGAGGGAUUUGUUUCACCAGUGGAACUAUCUCCUGAAUCAGUUGAGUCCGGUCCGCCAACACCCGACGAUGACAAAGAGAAAACAGAAAAAAUUGCUGAUCUUAUCAAGAACAUAGAAGAAUUAGGCUCUGAAUGUGAUAAGGAAGUAACGAAAACAACAAAUAGCGCAAACGAUAAAAAGGAUUCCAUUGUGAAGCGCGUGGAAUUUGUUGAAGAACCUUGCAAAAAGGUUAGCAUGUCAACGAUUGAAGGUGCUGGAAUUUCACGCCCAACCGAGCUUCCGUUGGGUGCUAGUGAAACGCCAACGCCUCCACCACGAGCUAAACGAGAAGGCUCAAAGAGACUCGAAAGAUUACUUUCGGUUCCUAACAUAAAGCUCAAUAAACAAGACACAAAUCGUUUGCUCAAUCUUCGUAAGACAUCAAAUGUCGUUGAUCAGAAAUCGAAUAAAAAUAAAGGAAAUUUACUACGGCGUUUCAGUCGUGCAGAUAAAUUGGACAAUUCAUUUUCUCGGUCGCGUUCAUCGUCGAUGUCGAGCUUAGAGAAUAUAACGUCUGAAGCAGUGACGUGUUUAGCGUUCGUUGAUAGUUAUACAAAGAAGAGCGAUCCAUCUGCACUCAUACCGACGUUAUGGUUAGGCACGAGUCUUGGGUCAGUUCUGACAGUUUCAAUUACAUUAUCAGAUGCUGAUAGUCGAAACACAUCACCGGUGUUAGUCUCGAUAUUAGGUGGUCCCAUUUUUCGAUUAAAAGGAUCCAUCUUGUGUAUGUCAUUUUUGGAUUGCAAUGGAGCUCUCGUCCCUUAUUCGUAUGAACCAUGGAAAGACGAGGGAAAACGAGAAAAAACGCCCACAAAAGGCACAAAUCGAAUGAGUCCCACACUUAAUCAAGAAACUUCUUUCGGAGAUCGUCAAUUUAUGGUGAUAACGAGUGAGAAACAGUGCCGAAUUGUAGCUCUUCCAAGUCAAAAUUGUGUUUAUCGUCUUCAAAUCACCGAGACGGAUUUCGUUGUAAGAGCUGAAGUUGUAAGCAUGAAAGACAGUGUUUGUCUUGUUUGUUACGUAUCCAAUGGUCAUCUUAUGGCUUUUAGUCUACCCAGCCUUCGUCAGCUUAUUGAUGUCGACUUUCUUCCCCUGGCCGACUUGAGCUUUCAGACCAAAUGUAAGCAAGGAAUCGUAGAUCCGAUGUUAUCAAUAUGGGGUCAACAAUUGAUUGUGCAUGAGGAUUCGAAUCACAAUCGAGGCCAUGGACUGUAUUUGGCAACACCGACUGAAAUUCAAAAGUUCACUCUUUGUUCAGAGUUCAGUCAAAACUUCAAUGACAUGCUGGGUGAACUUUAUCUUCAAUGUGAAAUGCCAGAACCGCCAAAGGAAAGUUUCUUUAAAGGACUCUUUGGGGGUGGAACAAAGAGCAUAGAUCGUGAAGAGUUGUUUGGUGAGACGUCAAGCGGCAAACCAAAUCGUUCAGUUGCAAAGUUAAUAUCUGGUCCGAAUGCAAAUAUUCAGGAGUUGGGAAAUCGAGCGAAUUCAGCGACGAAUGAAGUCAGUCGUGCUCAUAUGUUGAUGGUUGAACGUGGGGAUAAGUUGAAUCGAUUGGAAGACAACGCUGAAAGAAUGUCGAAUGAAGCGCAACAAUUCAGUGGCACGGCUCAUCAAUUGAUGUCGAAAUAUCGCGAUAAAAAAUGGUAUCAGCUGUAAGUCAUUCCCGAAAGCAUAAAUUUCAAUUUUCUGUUGUUGGACGGGACGUUCGACGUUCAUUUUUUGUUUAUCGACCGUGAAGAAUGGAAUGAAAUUAUAAUCAUUACUCACCAACAACAUCACAGCAAAAAGCAAACGAUUUUGCUUAUUUUCCUGCGGGCAUGAAAACCACGGAAUAAAAUAUUUUUAUUUAUUUACUUCUAUAUCUCUUCAUUUUAAGAGUAAAAAAAAUAAUUAUUGAUAAGCAAAGUAGAAAAUUUUGUGCUUAAAUAAUAAUAAAAAUAAUAAAGAACGAAUGAAGAAUUAAAAAUAAAAAUAUGAAAAUAAAAAUUUUUGGAGCGUUUGCCAAAUGAAAGCAGCGAACGCGUUUUGUUAUGUUAAUAAGAUGAUGAAAAUUAAAAUGAAAAAUUUAUGAAAAUGUUUUAAGCAAAGAACAAUUCAAUUAAAAAAUGAGAAAAAGAAAACAUAUUUAUGAUGAAGAUAAUGAAACCACUGUUGAUGAUAGCUUUAAAUCAAAAAGAAAAAAAAAAGUAUGAAAAAUAUUUGACUUUUCUUCUGAUACUCUGAUAGUGACAGAAAAAAAAAUGGAAGAAACUUUAUGAUAAAAUUAAAAACAAAAUCAAAUAAUUAGCUGAUGAUUAAGUGAAUAAAGAAAAUUCUUUGAAUAUAUGAUAGAUGUUAAGCUCCUUCUGCUGUACUCUUUUAUUAGCUCAUCACGCGACAAAUCAUCGUUCAACGAGAUGAUGUGUGGUCUGAGAUAAAGAAAAAAAUUUGAUAAAACAACAAAAAAAAAACUUUCGUACAAAGAAUAAGAGAAAAUUGUUUCAUGGUUGAUGUGUUUAUCGUUUUUCCUUUGUCUGUUCCCAUCUAGCAACAAAAAACCGUCGUUUUUAAUUUAUCUUUCGCUUUCUUUCACCACCACGACGCAGAAAUAACUCGCGGAAUAACUUAGCGAGUAUGGAAUGAUGUAUUAUCAGAGGAAAAUUCUUCUGUUUUGGAAUUUCGCGUUUAUAUCAUUUUUACUCAUUGUGUUCUGUUUAAUUAGGCGAGGGCGGGCUGUUUUUUUUUGUUCUGACAGAGCUUGAAGAUUAAAGUCUAAUAACUGUUCUUAAGCUCACAGCUUGAAUUUUAUUCAUUUCCAAAUAUCCUUCGUCUUUUCUCCUAAGUAUCUCGUUUCAAGUGUCAUUUCAAUUUGAAAAAAUGGCUUUCAAACGCUGAUUCAAAUAACAAGGUAGUAAGAGAUUAUGGGAAAGAAACAUAAAUCGAAAAUAAAGAGAAGCAAAUAACUGGGCCGAGAACAAAAUAUGAGAGCAUAAAAUUUAAAGAUCCACAAACAUAAACCGUUUAGUUAGAAGUCUUUUGGGAAAUUAAUUGAUUCUUUUCCAAGUUUGAAACACGAGAAUGCGAUUCAAUUUCGUCCAUUCUUGCUUUUUUGCCAUUUACAAAAUUCACAGAAGAAAUGAUUCUAUCAUAAAACUUUAUUUUCAGCUUUUUCUUUUUUAUUCCUUUCUAACAAGCGAAGAGAAAAAAUUCCUUUAAUACAGCCAAAAUGAAAAUAAAUUGAUUAAAAACUUCCUUAGAUGCGGGGGUGAAUGAAGAGAAAGUGAGAGUUUAGAGCAUGGGGAGAGUCAUAAAAUAAAUAAAUUUGAAAGCUAUCAUAAGCCUCAAAUAUUAACGACGCUUACUUUCUCGUAAAAAUCAUAAAUCACAUGACUUCGAGCACCUGAUUCGGAUUCUUAGUGUUCCUAAAUAUAACUUUUGUUCUUCUCUUCCUUCUCCCUACAACAACUUAAAAUAUUGAAUAAAUAAAUAACCUUUUCCCGGCUUCAUUUACACACACAGACUGUAAUCAGUAAUUAAUUUUUCACGUUCUCCUUUAUUAAUUUAUUGUGUGUGCUAAAUCACCAUAAGCAAGAGAACAUUGAAUAUGAGAAGGCGUGUAAAUGGCGAAAUGUUUAGAAGAAAACAUUUUCAAAGUAUUUUUUUUUUCUUUACACUAAUAAUGAAUAAUAAAAAUAAAAGAGAAACUCGUUAAAAUAUAUCUGUGGUUGCUAAUGAUAUAAAAACAAUAUGAAAAUGUCAUGAAAAUCAAAAAAAAAGAAGAAAGUGUAUUGUUGUAGAAAAACAGUUAUAGCGAAGCUUCUCAUUUGCCAUUCAUCAUCAUUUCCCAUGAAUAAGAAAAGAAAUUCUAUUAACUUCAACUUCGGAAAAUUAUUGUCAUUUAUCAUGAUUUCCAAUCUUUUUUCUCUGUUAUUCAGUUAUGCUGCGAAUAUUCCCGUUUCCUUCCCUCCACCCGCUCGAACUUGUCUCUUUUUUUUAUCUCAUCUGCCUACAAAAUGUCGUCAGAUGAACAUACAACAAUGCGAACUAAAUAUCUUGAAAAGAUUUCAGAGCGGGAGGGAGAAGAUGGAAUAUCUGAUUUUAUAUACAAAUGAAGAAAGUUGCUUUGUUUUCAACUCCUCCUUUUAUAUUUUCAACCUCACUCUCAUAAAACUUCCUGAGAUGAAUUUUUAUAUCUGUCAAGGUAUGACAUAUGCUUAAGAGACACGAGAAUUUUUUAUGAAUAAAAAGGAAAAUAAAAAAAAUGCAAAAACAUUUGAACUUAUAACUUAAAACCAGCAUAACUUUAGAAACUUAGUGCAGUAAAGUCAGGAAAACUUUGUCUAAUCUGCAGGCGAUCAAAAACCAGAAAACUUUGUCUUGCAAACGCUGUAAGCAUUAUUUGAAUGAAAGUUAAAGUUUAAAGUUUAUUUGACUCAUAACAGAACAAACAAUUGAAGUGUCACUCAAUGUCAAUAUUGAAAUUGCUUUGAUUUGUCCCUCCUCACAGAAAUUUAAAUACUUACACACCACAGCGAAAUUUUUCAUCUUUCACUCUAUUACGAGUUUUAAAUGUUUAAUCCAUCAUCAGCAAAGUUAAUGAAUGCAAAAAAAAAUGAAAAUGUUCCGCCAACAUAUCAGCAGAGAGCAAAAAAUCAGAAACAAAAUUCGACCAUUUAUCAAAUUUACAAAAGUCUCGACAGAAAAAUUGAACGAAAUUGUCACGGAAAUUUUUUUUGCUGCAAAUUCCUUUUUAUUCUGAAAAGUUUCGUGACAUGAGAACGAACACUCGACAAAAUCCCGGUCAAAUCAUAUCAGAGAACAAAAAUCCAAAACGAUUUUAAAAAAAUUCAAUUCAAUAUCUGAAAAUAAAAGAAAAAACCUUUUUGGGCCAUUUUGAAAAGAAGUAAAAGCAAAAUAUCAUUUUAUGUGAAAUCAAAUUUUUAAUGUGAUUUGCUUUUGAAGUAUGAAGGGAAAUAUGUCAUCAUAUGAACAGUCUUUUAUCUCUUAUACUGCAACUUCUCAAUGAAGCUUCCCCAAACUAUCUUUUCCCUCUUCUAUGUAAUUCUUUUUGUAUUUAAAAGCACUUACCUACAUUCAAUUCAAUAUUUUCUUUCACAUUUUAUGAUUCCUCUUACGAUAGCAAAUAUUUAAAAUAAAAUCGUAAAAAAGAGACAAUAAAGCGAAAUUAAUUUCUUAGAAAUUGAUUGAUAAUUGCAAUUUUGAGUUUAAUUAAGGGAAUUCAACCGUUUGUUAUGACGGAACUUUAUGUUCAAUCAAUAAAAGAUUACAAAGUUGAAAGAAUGAAAAAUCUAAGAUUUCAAUCAGAUUAUAAAUGUAUAAAAGAAGGAAAAAAAUAAAAAUAAAAUUUAAUGAAAGAUAAAUCAAUCUUAAAUAAAUCCACCUUAUAACGGAGCUAAUAACAAGAAGAAAAGGAAAGAAAACUCCAAAGAAAAAGAAAAUAAAUUCAUUAAAAGAUGCUCACGAUCUUCCUGUAUAAUUUUUUUUUAUGCUUGAAAUUUGCGUAAUUGUAAAUUAUCGUUUUUUAAGGCUGCAAAGUUCGUAAAUGAAUGAAAGAAAAAUUCAAAAAUAAGUUUAUGAAUUAGAAGAAAAUAAAAAGAAGGCUAACCUUGAACCUUGAAGACGAAAAAUGCCAAAUUAAAUUAAAAUGAAAAGAAAAAAUUAAUAAAAUUUGAAAGGAAGAAUGAAGAAAAAGUGAACACAAUAUUACACACCCACACACAGAUUACCAGAAUUCUUAUAAAAUGUUAACAGGUUAAAUAUUUUGUUACUUACGUUAGAAGAAAAAAACGAGAAAGAAAACUGUUUUUUCUUUAAAUUAAAACAAAUAUGUGCUAUUUGCAAAGUUUCCCUUGUGGAUUGCUAACGAAAUUAAUGAAAGAAAAAAGCUUUCAAGAGAAAGGCACACAACAAUUUGUUGAAGCUGAAAUGAAUAAAUUUUUGUUUUUUGUUUUCCUUUUCUAAUUUUUAUGUACAUUGCAAAGAUGGUAAAAAAUAAUAAUUUACUUAUGACAAAAUGAAUUAAGGGACGGGGAUGGGACAAGCAUAAAUAUGAUAUAAUGAGAAGAAACAUUGCUUUAAUGAAAUGAGAUAUAUACUUAUACACACACAUACACACACAUUUUAAUACAAAAGAAAUUAUUAUGAUGAUUAUGGGUAAAUAAAGGAUAUAUAAGAAAAAAAAGGAAAAUAAUAAAAUUGAGAAAAUUGUUUAAUUGAAGUUUAUAAUGAUGAAUAUAUAAGAAAAGAUGAUGAAAAUUUAUGAUAUCUUAGAUAUAUCUAUGUAAGAUACAGAUUCGUUAUGAUAUGUAACAGAACAAUAUAAAUCAAGCGUCACUCCUUCAUUAAGUAUUUUAAUUUUUUCUUCCCCUCCUCAACAUUUUCCAUCCUUCCACUCACAUUCAUCGCUCGAUGUAUACUUGACGUUAGUCUCACGCAUGCUGUUGCUAAAUCUCAACAAAGAUACGUUGUUAAAUGGCUCUGAGCGUUGAAAAAACAAUUUUAUGUUGCCAAUUAAUUAAAAACAAAAUCAUCAAAAAAAGUAUAUAUAAUUAUAAGCUUUCAACGGGUUGUCGGAGUCAGAAAAUUGUAGCAUUGAAGGCGAGAGAGUGGAAAAAAUCAAUAACCAAAGGCUUUUUAUCCUCACCAUGAUUUAAAUGUAAUUUAUAAAUUGUUCAUCGAAAAAAAGAUGAUGCAGAAAAUCUUACAAUAAAAAUAAAUCUGAAUCAUUAAAAAUGUUGAUCAUUAAAAUCAAACUUUCUUUCUUUCUUUCGUAUCAAUAAAUUCUUUCAUUUUUCUCUCUUUCUUCACUCACCUUCCACCUUCUUCCACCCACAAUUCGCAUUAUUAUUAGUAUAAAUUCAAUUUAUUAGGAUAAAGCAACAAAGAAAACAAAAUUUUAUUGUCUGUUCGCUCUCAUAAAGAAAAAUCAACAAACAUCAGAAAAGUUCAAAACUAAUAAAUUAUAAAUUAUAACAUGCAAUGAAUGGGAGAAACAGAAAAUGAUUUGAAUUUUAAAAAUGUACUCAAGUAAUGAUGAAAACGAAGAAUGAAAAAUCAUGAACAUUUCUUUUUUGAUUAAACAUUUUGAUGAAAGAAAAUUCAAAGGAGAUGAAAAUAAAAGAAAAAAAAAGAAAAAAGUUAUUUUCGAAAAUUAACAGCAAAGAAAAAUUGUUUUUUUGUUAAUAAUUUAUUUAUUUUCUUUUUGUGUGCUUUUUUUCUCUUCUUUUAUUUUGCAAGCAAUCAUCGUCAGUUGAUGAUCAAACAAGUCAAGCAUGUGAUGGAAAAGUCUGUCUGACGACUGCUUGUAACAUGCCCCAAAGAAAUCAUUAUCAAAACAGAACUUUCUUGGAAUCAUUCAACAUCUUCCAAUCGUUUAGUUUCACACAAAAGUUUAAUUUCAGUUCCUCUUCCGUUCUCUCUUUCAAUAAUUAAAGGAUGAAAACGGAAAUUUCCGUUAAAAUAAUUUUGAAUUAAUUAUUAAAAAAGAAAAGAAAACUUCUUCAAUUUCUUCUGAUGAAGAAGAAGAGAAUGUGUUAAAUAAGUUAAAAUUCCUUUCCAUCUCUUGUUACUCGCUUUUAUCGUGAAGUGGAAAUCGAACGAUUCGCAAUUGAUGACCAAAAUCAGUGAUAAUUGAUCCAAAAGAUGGUAGCAUAAUUUUUGGUGUGAUUUGUUGACUCAUUUCAGAACGAUCGAGCUUAACUUCAUGUUUCACAUGACCAUCUUUUACGUCCCAAACCAGAAGAGCUCCUGGCUUUGCUGUUAUCAAUAAUGAUGGCGUCAACAUGACAAUAGAGUUGGAAUAAGCAUGAUGAAGUAUAAUAGUGCUGAGAAGAUGCCCUUGAAAUCUCUCCCAAACUCUUAUUCUCUCAUCAAGUCCCAAAGUUAUUAUAUAACUGGGUGCACUUGCUAUCGAUACCAAGCAAUCUUCAUGUGCUUGAAGAUUGUACAGACAAGCACCUGUAAUCAGAUCCCAAACACAAAGUAAUCCAUCUUGAGAUCCAGAACAUCCCGUUCCAGAUUGAAAUCGAUCAAUAAGAAGUGAAGUAACUGGUGAACAAUGUCCAUGAAGUGUAAAGAAUAAUGUAUUCGAGUCUGUAUGAAAGACUUUCAACGUAUGAUCUUGACUUCCAGUGAAGAGAAAAUUACCGAGGACAUCUAAGCAUGUUAUUGGUUGUGUAUGUCCUUGAUGUGGCAACUCGAGAAUACAUCGAAGUUCUUCUUCCGUCGGUGAAUUUGAUGAUAGAUUGUUGUGCUGUAUUGAUGAUGAUGACGAUUGAUGAUGAUUACCAUGAUGAUGAUGAUUAACUGCUGCAUUGAGUGAAUUUCUUUGUGUAUAUCUUUGAUUUUGUUGCUGAUUAAAAUUACUUAUGCUACCCGCCGAUCCCGUUCUGACAUGUGUUCGACGAUACGCCGACGUAAAAUUCCAAUCAAUGUGACGUCCUUGCGUGUAUGUUUCAAGUCGCAGGAAAUCAAUUCGUCCCGAGAGUCGUGCUGCUACCACUUUAUCACUUGCAAGUUUUAGAUGUGUAACGCCAUUGCCAUGCGUUGAUUCAGUUUGAUAAAUACACUUAAAACUACCGGUCGUACCCUCCCAAAACUCUAACCGACCAUCAGCACAGCCGAUUGCAAUCAAAUUAUCAAUAAAAUCAAGCGCCCAUAUUGGUGAUGUGUUGUAUGAUGUUGCCGAUGAAUUCAAACUAUUUAUGCUGUCACUACUGCAACCAUUAUGUAAUUUAUGAUUAACAUUAAUUUGAUUAAAACUGUUGAUGUUGUUAUUAUUAUUAUUUAUUCCUAUUGCUCCAUUUGCAACAAUUUCACCCUCUGAUGAAUGAUUUGUCAUUGUCACAACAGCAGCUGGUUCAAAAUAUUUAUCGAAACUUUUUUGAAAAUCAUUUUUAGUUGAUGAGAAUCUUGAUGAUGGUGACGAUGAUUGGAAAUCAAAUUUAAGUGACGUCUUUAAUCGUGUUAAUGUUGAUGAUGGUU